AUGCUUGAAGAAUCCAUAUCCGUCUGGGCUUCAAUGAAUAAUUGGUUAACCCCAACUGUACUCUUUCUCCUUCUCAAUCUCAUGAUUGGCACCAUUUUUGUAACUUCAAGACUAGCAACCCACAAACCUAGUGACCAACAUCAAGAACAAGAGAAACAUGCGCAAGCACAGUAUGGUCAUGGUCACCAGCUUGCUAGAUCUCCUUCUGUUCUUCAAAGACUCAAAUCUAUCAACUUUUAUAAUUAUAGAUCCCAAGAACCUACAACCUUAACUUUUGAAAAACCUCAAGAAUUUGACCAACAUUUCACUCUUCAUCAACAAACCCCUCAGCAAGAUUAUCAACACCGCCAAAAUGAGAACCAGCCAACUAUCUUUAGAUCUCCUUCAAUGUUGCAAAGAAUCAAGUCCAUCAACCUCUAUAAUUACUUCUCUCAAGAAGCCAUUAAUCCCACCGUUCCUAAUAACCUCAAAAAUCAAGAAACUACUGCAACCCAUUUCAAUUCUCAGCAAAUUUAUGACCAAAGACAAGAACUUGACGAGCAGCUCCAGGAACAAGAUGAGGAAGAGGAAGAUGAAUUUCUAAAAGAAGAAAAUGAGCAAAUCCAAGAUCAAGAGCAGACGUUUGAAGAAGUAUACAGCAAGUUACAAGGAAAUAAACUUGGCAAAUCCAAGUCAGACACGGUACCAACUUCUGGUGAAGUACCCAAAAAGCUACCAAAGAAAAUGAAGAAAUCUGCAAGUGCAAAAUCUGCUUUUGCUCAUUUUGAGGUAGGUGACAUUGUUGAAUCUCGUAGGCCAGCUACUGUGAGAGAAGGGAACACCAGUACUGAGGCUGAUGAUACUGAAGUGGAUGCUAAAGCUGAUGAUUUCAUCAACAGGUUUAAGCAGCAGUUGAAGUUGCAGAGGAUGGAUUCUAUUUUGAGGUACAAAGACAUGAUCACUAGAGGGAGUGGAAAGUAA